AACAAAGGCAGCUACAUGGAGAAGAAACCCUUCAAGUGUGAGGUUUGUGCUAAAGCCUUUGUGACAUCUUCAAGCCUUCUGAUGCAUCAGAGGAUUCACACAGGGGAGAAGCCAUUUAGGUGUGAAGUGUGUGAAGCAUGUUUCACCCAAUCCUCCAAUCUACUUACACAUCGGCGGAUUCACACUGGGGAGAAACCUUACACAUGUCAAGUAUGCAACAAAUCAUUCUUGCAGUCAUCGAGCCUUCGCAGACACCAACGCAUUCACACAGGGGAGAAACCAUUCAAGUGUGAGGUGUGUGACAAAUCAUUUUCACGGUCAUUGACUCUUCUUGAUCACCAACGUAUUCACACAGGGGAGAAACCAUUCACGUGCGAGGUCUGUGACAAAUCAUUCUCAAGGUCAUCAACCCUCCUCGAACAUCAACAUAUUCACACUGGGGAGAAACCAUUCUUGUGUAAAGUGUGUAAUAAAUCAUUCACACGGUGUUCUGACCUGCGUGUACACCAGCGCAUUCACACUGGAGAGAAGCCAUUCAGGUGUGAGGUGUGCAACAAGUCAUUCUCUGAUUCCUCAGCCCUCCGGGAACACCGACGUAUUCACACAGGAGAGAAACCGUUCACGUGCAAAGUGUGUAACAAAUCAUUCACACAGUCAUCAACACUCCUUGUUCACCAACGUAUUCACUCAGGAGAAAAACAUUUCACAUGUGACGUGUGCAGCAAAUCAUUCUCUCAGUCUCGGACUUUCCGUGUACACCAAUGCAUUCACCCAGAAGUAGCCAUUAAAGUAUGAAAUAUUCUUUCAAGUUUGCAAAGCUCCUCUUCUAACACAGUUCACAUAUGAGUAUGAAUGGCUUCUCCAUGUGUGUGAUAAAUUAUUGUCAUCUGUCUUCGAACAUUUGCGUGGGGGAAACAAUUCACAUGCGAGCUGCACAGCAAAUUUCCAAAUUCAUUGAACUUGUGUAAUCAGCAAAGUACAGAAGAACCUCGAUUUAUCCGAAUAUUAAGUAUCUGAAUUUUGGAUUAUUGAAAUAGGAUCUCAAGGUCCUGCAAAAAUGUUACAUUAAAGUGACCAUGUCGGAUAUUCCUUUGGAACGUCUAAAGCCAAGCCACAAUUCUAUGAAGUCCGUAUCACUUGAUCCAUGUAGGACUGAUGCUGCUGGAUAGACCACCGAUUUGUUUGAUCAAUGAUGAACACAAACACAGCACCAAGAAAUCACAGGUCCAAAGUUCAAGAAGAUGGUGCUGGAUAUUUCUGCCUGAAAACACUCCAAUUGUCAGUGGGCAAAAAUGUGGCAAAUGGAGUAUUAUGGAAAAAUGUGAACUUGUCCAAUUUUGCAUGAAGAAUAAAAAA